GUGAGCCGGGUGAGCCAUGCGGGUGUGGUCGCGCGACUUGGGUGAGCCAGGCAUCUCUGCAGCGCAAGAGGUGGGGCGGCUGGGUCAGCACUUGGGACGGCCGCAUUUCAUUGGUUCUCGUCAUGCACGUUGUCCCGGCUGCCUCGACCAGAAGUGCCCCGUCAAUCUCGCCGUCGCGACGGUUCCAACCUCAAAGUCAGAGCAUGUCAACACCAUCGGCUCGCUGAACCUACGAGGCGCGCUGACAGAAAAGCUCGCCACGACAACCUCUCUCUCCGACCCUCACGUGGAGCGAGUACUGGCACAAAGAAGUAUUGGGCCUGGGCUCGACGAUCCGCCCGCUCGCUUCCUCGAGCCGUUCGACCGGACGGCCUUGUCGAUCACCGGUGGCCUCUGCUCGACAUCUACAAACACUGCUUGGGGGAUUACGCAACCUGAAGGAUGACUGGUGUCCCAUCCAACGCGCAACUAGCGACAAGGGGGUUGCGUCGCAAGUCAUUGGAUACCGUCCCUUGCCAGAGAUGUACGCUCCUUUCGGAGAGUUCACGCCAUAGCGCCGCAGCCGGUGAUGGCUGCAUCCGCGAGCCGUGCUGUACGCGUCAUGAGCUUGUCAUUGGAUGAUGCAGGUUACUGCGGGACAGUGGUGGCUGUCACGACCAGGAUUCGGCCAGGAAUUGAACGGCGAACAAACACGAGGUGUCGCGCUUGUUGACCUUGCAGCCGGCACUCCGAGGUGAAGCAUGCAUCGCGGAUCGACUUCAUUGACGACAAAAUGAGGGGGAAUGUGGCAACAGGCCACGCGAGAGUCAACCCUUACAUACCGGAGAGCCUCAAAUACUCGCACGCCGUCCGUCGAUAUUUCAAAUGGACUGAGGGGCUGACGGGUUCCUCCCCUCCACCUCGACCUCCUUCAUGCCUCGAUCGCUCGAACCACGUCGUCUGCCUGUUUUGACCCGGCGACCGGUGCUUGUCCGUCAAGAGGCGGUGACUGGGAGCUCCGCUAUACACGAUAUGGUGCUUGCCAUCACUCAGUGGGGCGGUUCUGCGACGAAACCUCCGUUGCUGUAUCCCGUCGCAGCAUCAAGGGAGGCCGUGGCACAUCGGUGCUUGCUGGGCUCCCACAAGCCAUUCUGCUGAGAUAUUUGGCUGGGCUCGUCGGGGGCUGUCGCACCGUUGCGCCCAGCAACGCAGGCGUGCACCUUUGCUUUGGCUUCCGCUGCGAUGGUGGCGGUGCCCUCAAUCGUCUCCUUUGGGCCGCCGCGAAGUGCAGCUCACUGCUGCCCGGCUAUGGCUUGACGGCCGGAUUUCCAUGCUCUUGGGGACAGGUUGUGUAGUGUUCUUUGGCCGGCCUCGGAGGCAUGCUGCGAUCUUAGGGUCCAGGAUUCGGCGGUAGGGAUUGUGCGAGGUCGGCUCCCUGAGGUGCCACCCACGGGAUUCCCAACUGCCACGAGACAGAACAAUUGUCAUUGCAAUCCCCAAUCGGCUCCGGCCAUGGACGCGACCUACUUGGUAUUGAUCCCAAAGCGCGCCGAUGUUCCUUCGUAACAAGCUUGAGUCCUGGGUCAGAAAUUACCAUGCGAAGUCCUCCGAGGUAUUCUGAACCGGGCCCGGAAUAUGUAAGGGAGGUUAGCACCUCAUCCUGCGAAGAGGCAUCGAUGAACUCUCGCUCUUGAUCAAUCAGCAUGGCCUCAAUGGCCUCCACCAGCGAGUACAAAUGGCUCAUCCCAUUGAGCAGGUAACUCUUGACAUUGUUGUUGCUGGCCUCGGUGCCAGAGGUUACCCGAAUCCCGAAAUUGCGGUACUUCUUGAUGAAGUAUUGUGCCUACUGCGCUCGUAGGGGUAAGUAUGUCUUAUGAAGGUACAUAAGGAUGGCCGGCUGGUCGUUGAACUCGUCGCAUAGGCGCACCUAUGCCUUUUCGUGCUCUUCCUUUGUCUCCGCAAAAGCGACGAGCUUCCACAAAUCGAGGACACCACGGUAGUUGUGGGGCACAGGCGCAGCGAGGUUGCUCUGGUUCAGUGGGCUGUCUUGUCUCUCCAGUGCGUGCACAGCCUCCAUAUCCUUCGAAGAC